AUGAGUGACCGCAAGGCUGUCGUGAAGAAUGCCGACAUGACGGAGGAGAUGCAGCAGGAUGCGGUAGAUCUGGCUUCAGCGGCUCUGGAAAAGUACAACAUUGAGAAAGAUAUCGCCUCCUACAUAAAGAAGGAGUUUGACAAGAAAUACAAUCCCACUUGGCACUGCAUUGUGGGCCGGAACUUCGGCAGGUGGGUCUUACCGCUUUUAUUGGGGUUAACAGGGGCUAGACUUUUAACCUGCAGUUCUUCGCCCUCUCGUAGUGCACACCCACGGUUAAUAUUUGCUAAGAAAGGCAACGUUGUGGUAUCUAACCGCCCUCUCGAAAAGUCCGUAGUGAGUUACAAACCUAACGUCAACCAUACCCCCAAAUGGGAAAUUUCCAACCCGUAGGCAUUUAUGGAAGACUCGGAUGCAACCUUAACCCUACACCAAGCCCUGAAACCCUAGCCCAAUCCACAACCCUAAAUCCAAACCAUAGCCUAAGCUUGGCAAUUCAAGUCCCAAAAAUAACCCAACUAACGCCAAUUCUAACCGUUGUCAAAACCCUGACCUUGAGUCCAAAUUUAGUGUCAAUAACGCCAUUGGUGGUCAAAAUCCUCUUCCCGUAUAAACCUUUCGCGACCUACUGCCGGGUAAACCUUUAUGAAGUACACCUAACUAAGAAGGAUAAGAUUGCAAACUUUUGACCAAUCACCCAGGGGGGUUAAAUACUCUACCUUUACCGCUAGAAAUUUUGUAAAGUAAGCAGAGGAAGACCAGUGCAUCCGGACAUAAGGUGGUUCUAGCUACUGAGCGCGAAACGAAAUGCUUUCUGACCAAGUGACCUUCUUUGCGAAUUUAGACUGCUCACAUUCUUACGCAUCUACAAAAUUUCUUCUAUUUUAGCUAUGUUACUCACGAAACCAAGCACUUCAUCUACUUCUAUCUGGGUCAGGUGGCAAUCCUCCUCUUCAAGUCUGGUUAA